CGCCGCGCCUCCGGCGGCCGCGGUGGCGCUGCCGAGCAGAGCCGGGCGCUGGGCGCCGAGCGCCGGCCGCCCGCCCGCACCCCCUCCCCGGCCGGCUGGCUGCGCGCACCGCGAACAUGGCGGCGGCGGUGGGGCGGGACACCCUACCUGAGCACUGGUCCUACGGCGUCUGCAAGGACGGGCGAGUCUUCUUCAUCGACGACCUGACCCGCACCACCACUUGGCUGCAUCCUCGCACCGGGGAGCCCGUCAACUCCGGGCACAUGAUCCGCUCAGACCUGCCCCGCGGAUGGGAGGAGGGGUUCUCGGAGGAGGGCGCCAGCUACUUCAUCGACCAUAAUCAGCAGACCACAUCAUUUAGACAUCCUGUGACAGGACAGGUUUCUCCAGAAAAUAUUGAAUUUAUUUUGCGAGAAGAACAGAAUACAUCUAUGUCCAAGCAACAAAUAAACCAAAGACCUUCAAGCAUGGUCAGUGAAACGUCCACUGCGGUAACUACAUCUGCUGUUGAUACAAAACCUGUCUCUAAGGUUGUGAAGGCUGGAAACAAAGUUCAUAGCUUUGGAAAGAGGGAACAAGCUAUCAGAAGGAAUCCCAACGUUCCUGUUAUAGUAAGAGGUUGGCUGCACAAGCAGGAUAGCUCUGGAAUGCGAUUAUGGAAAAGAAGAUGGUUUGUGCUUGCUGAUUAUUGCUUGUUUUACUACAAAGACAGCAGAGAAGAAUCUGUUUUGGGUAGCAUUCCAUUGCCUAGUUACGUAAUAUCUCCAGUUGGACCUGAAGAUCGCAUAAAUCGCAAAUUUUCUUUUAAGGCUGUUCAUACAGGUAUGCGGGCAUAUAUUUAUAAUAAGAAUUCUGUUAUUGGCUCUCAGGCAGAGCAUUCAGGGAUGCGGACGUACUACUUCAGUGCAGAUACCCAAGAGGACAUGAAUGGCUGGAUCCGGGCUAUGAACCAAGCUGCUCUUAUGCAAACGCGCUCUUCACUGAAGAGGGAAACUGAAAAAGUGGAUCAGCAAGCUGUUCCUCAGGUCAAUCAUGUGGAUGCCUGUAAAGAGUGUGUGAAGGCAGAGGUUACGGAUGCAAAAGAAAGUUAUCAAAAAUCAGCUGAGAUGCUUGGAUAUGAUAAGCGUGAAGAGAUAAGAAAAGAAAAAGAGGAAGAGCAGCGUCAUAUUCACAGAAAAGAAACUCUGGAAACUAAGAAGGGAAAGGCUAAGCACGCGUUAACAGAAGCUGAUUCAUUAUUUCCAGGCUUAACAAAUGCACCAAGGUCCCAAGUAGCUCAGCCUCAGCCAGCUGAGAAGAAUGGAACGCUUCCUAGUUCAUUAAGUAUGAGUGCUGGCCUAGUGGAGCAGAAUGGUACCAGCUCCUAUAAAAGAGGGUUUGUUCCCAGAACAAAUCCAGAUAAACAGAUGCAGAGAAAAAGUAACAUGGCUCAAGUGGAGCACUGGGUAAAAGUCCAAAAAGGAGAUACACGAAGUCUCACUUCUGAUCAGACUCUCACACGUCAGGGUCCCAAUCUACCUUUUCCUGAGAACUAUCACACUUUGCCAAAGAAUACCAGGCAGCCUUCAGGGAGCUCCCCACCACCACCCAACCGCAAUUUGCCGAGCGACUACAAAUACGCGCAAGAUCGUGUCAGCCACUUGAAGAUGUCCCAGGAGGAGAGGAAAGCAAAUAAGGAUGGAACUGUUUGGCAGCUAUAUGAGUGGCAGCAGAGACAGCAAUUCAAACAUGGCAGCCCCACUGCCCCACUUUAUGUAGGUUCUUCAGAUGUUAUUGAUCGUGGUAAGUCAAAAAGUUCAUUAGAUGUUCCACGAUCAAUAUCUGUUCCGCCCUCUCCGUCUGAUAUUCCUCCACCUGGACCUCCAAAAAGCUUUCUCCCAAGGAGACCGCAUACUCCUGCAGAAAGGCUUACAGUUAAACCGCCUGAUGAGAGACAGACUGUAGAUGUUCCUUUUGCUGGAUCACCCAGGAAGAUACGAAAUCAUGCUGUAAAGAGCUCAACUCACAUUGAUCGACGCUCUAUGCCUGCUAUGGGUUACAUGACACAUACCGUGAGUGCACCCAGUUUGCAUGGCAAAUCGCCUGAAGAGCUAACAUUGCUUCUCAUUCGAUUAAGGAGACAUCAGGCUAAGUUGGCUAGUAUACGAAAUUACACAAUCGCACAAUUACUGCAGCACUUGCCAACUAAUUCCACCUAUCAGGCGGAUGACACUUAUAUUCAGUUGAAAAAGGAUUUGGAGUAUUUGGAUCUAAAGAUAGAAAAUAAUGGACCUCUGAUCAACAUGAUAUACAAAGUGCUGAAGAACUCAGCACAAGGGUUACUAUCCAGUAUACAUGUGACAGGGCGUGACACGUUAAAAGAACGAAGUACAAAACCUGUCAAGAUUGCAGAAAGUGAUAUUGAUGUCAAGCUAAGCAUUUUCUGUGAGCAGGAUAGAAUUCUACAGGACUUGGAGGACAAAAUAAGAGCCCUUAAGGAAAAUAAAGAUCAGCUGGAGUCUGUUUUGGAGGUUUUACACAGGCAGAUGGAACAGUACAAAGACCAACCACAACACGCGGAAAAAAUUUCUUACCAGCAGAGACUUUUGCAAGAGGAUCUCAUACAUAUUCGGGCUGAAAUAUCCAAAGUUUCAACGGAAAUGGAAAAUGCUUGGAAUGAAUAUCUGAAAUUAGAAAAGGAUGUGAACCAGCUGAAAAAAGCCUUACAGGAACAGAUGAAUAGUUCAUUGGUAUCUCAGGAGAAAACACAAAUACAAAAAGACUUGUGGAGGAUUGAAGAUGUUACAGCUGGAUUGAGUGCAAAUAAAGCCAACUACAAAACCAUAGUAGACUCUAUCAAGAAUCCAGAGAGAAAAAUAGUGCCUUCAUUUUCUCAGUCUUCAGUGCCUUCCUUACCAGCUUCCCUCACAACUACGGAGAGCAAGCUUUCAGUUCCGCAAAGCCCUCCACCCAGCCCGGUUAAAUCCUCGCUGGAGGUUCGGCUGUAUCCACAGCCUUAUUUCCAGGCCAGAGCACAGCACCAAGCACAGCAGCUGAAGAAAAUUGAGCCACCUCUUCAGUCACCAAUUAAGCUAAACCCAAAGGUUGAAGAUGAAGCACCGCCCAGACCUCCUCUCCCUCACUUGUACAGUCCUGAUGAUCAGCCACCAGCUGUCCCACCUCUCCCAAGAGAAGCCACUGUCAUCAGACACACAUCAGUGCGUGGCCUGAAGCGUCAGUCAGAUGAAAGAAAAAGAGAUCGAGAACUUGGACAGUAUGUAAAUGGAGAUUAUAGGGUGGAACUGCGUUCAUACAUGAGUGAACCAGAACUAGCAACAAUAGGCGGUGACCUCAGCCAGCCUUCCAACGGUUUAAUAAGCUCUGACAGUGGAUACCAGACAUUACCUACCCGUGGUUUAUCUGGAUCAACUUCCAGAUUGCAUCAAUCUUCUACCAUUGCAUCAUAUGCAACACUUCGAAGGGAUAGGUCCAAGGAGAGACCAAAGAGUGCCUUGGAACGUUUAUACUCUGGAGACCACCAAAGAGGCAAGAUGAGUGCAGAGGAACAACUAGAAAGAAUGAAGCGACAUCAGAAGGCAUUAGUUCGUGAACGCCAGAGAACUCUUAGCCAAGGAGAAAGGCAGUCUGUUUCAUCUCGGUCUUUCAUCAGGCCCAUUUCUGCAGACGUAGGCUCAUGGAAACGGGAGCAAGAAUUUGAUUUGCAGUUACUUGAGAGAGCAAUUCGUGGAGAAGACAAGAAUGAAAAUGAAUGGUUAAAAGUUCAGGCGGUAGCAGUGACAGAGACAGACCUGGAGCCUCAAGACUAUGAUUUUGAUAUCAGCAGAGAGUUGUCAAAACCUGAGAAGGUUGCAAUUCCAGAACGCUAUGUUGAACUGGAGCCAGAAGAGCCUCUUUCUACAGAAGAACUGGCAGCAAGGCAGCGUAAAGCAGAGAAGAUAAAGAAUAUUCUUACUAAAUCAAGUAUGCACAAUCUCCAGCCUACUGUUGCCCAGGACAAACACAACUCGGUUGAUUUAGAUUCACAGCUGCAAGAGCAGGAGCGCAUCAUUACCAUAUCAUACGCUUUGGCUUCUGAAGCCUCUCAGAGGAGCAAGGAGGUAGCAGCCAAGGCAGUAAGCGAACACUGACAUAAGACUCAAAGCGAAUCCCACCUAGAGAUGCCGAAUGGAAGAAGAGGAUAAUUCGUUAACAGCUGUCUGUGAAGGUGCUCGCCGGCUGAUGACGUGUUCUUCUGGAAAUACAUUCAGAGAAUAAUAGGGGGAUUUUCUAUGAAAAUGAAGAGAAUUGCAGAUCAUUUUAUUUUGACUUCAGUUUAGUUCAGACUUUUUAUAUGAAUAAAUGGCACUUUUAAUAAACUCUGUAAAAUACUGACAAUGUAUUUUUAGAACAUUAUAUUUUAAAUUUUUUUUUUUCAAUCAAGGGCUGAAUUCAUUUUAAGAGAAACGACUUGCACAGAUGUUAAAAGACGCUGUUACUUCCCCCUCAGGCUCAGAUGCACAAUGUAAAGUUUCAUGAAAAAAUGUAAAUUUGAACAAAAUAGAAGAACAUUCCUAGGGUAUGGGUAGAGCUAUCACAAGUGAGAAGUUUGCCAAAAGGUGUUUUGGAUUGAGUAUUUUUGUAUCGUUAAUAACCCACCCUUUUGCCUGUUGAAUAAUACAUUUCAAGGAACUAUUAGCUUGAAUUUCUAAAUAUCGGUAACCACUGUUUAGCUGAAAUUUUCCACAAAAGCCAUAAGGAAAGCCAGUUUUAACUCCCGUUUCCUUUUUUGGUUCCACGUGAUUAAUGUGCUGGUAUCAAUACACAGUAUGUUAGGUUGCUCUUGACAGUAGUGCUGCCCCUCAGUAACACCCAGCUAACAAAUCCUAUUUUUUGAAAGUUGAGAUGCGGAAGAAGAAAACUUUUAAUGAAAAUACGUGAACUAAGCAAUAAAAUAUAAUAGCAUGUGUCAUUUUACUAGUAAAUAUGUCUUUUUCUUUUGAUUUUUUUUCAAUAAACAUUAUGGUAUGAUGUAUUGACUAGUAUUUAUCCUGCAAACAGCAAAACUAAUGUAAUGUGGCACCUGCUAAUUCCCUGUGUAUGUUCACAUGGAACUUAACUUUGCCAAACUUUGAAGUUCAGUGUUUUACUUACAGGGCAAAGGGCGAAGUAGUGACAUAGGAGAAAAUGAGAUUAAAUUAAUUGCUGCAACCACUUUACUUGAAAAAAAAUGUAUAUGCAUUGAAUGCAAGACAUGAAAUAAUUUCCCAAUAUUACGUAAUUAGUAGUUGAGUUCAGCUCUGGAUGAGAGAUGACUGAGAACUACUUCUGCAGUAUUUUGUGACAACAAUAACUUGUUUAUUUGUUGUAUUCAAGUAAUAGCUACAAAACCCUUGAAAUUGAUUGAACUUCAAGUUUCCGACUUUAAAACAAAUCAUAUAUUAACACUAUACUCAGAAAUAUUCCUGAAAGUAUGUAUUUAGCUAAUGCCAUCUAUUUUACCUCAAUACUGCCAGUAUCAACUUCAAAACCUUUGCCAAAAUGAUGAUUUAUUUUUGCCUUUAUAAAAAGUUUUGAAAGCAUAAAUGAAUAUUUUGCAAGAAAACAUUAAUUUAAAUAAAAUGUAACAGUUUGGAAAAUGGUAUAUAUUAAAAUAUUAACGUAACUGCCUCCUA